AUGCGACAAGCACUGAAUACUCUCCCCACAGAUCAUCGUCUCUACAAUCCGAUACUUCUCGAACUCUCCGAUGCUCUGCAAUACCGCUACAGUUUCUUGGGUGAUCUAGACGACAUAGAGGAUGCGAUCCUUUACAGCCGUGACGUAAAGCCGUUUUUUGACCCAGGCUCCAGAGAGCUAGCUUCAUGUUUGAGAGUAUUGGGCACUUCUCUAUCCGAGAGAUUCAAGUACGCGGGAGAGACGAACGAUUUGGACGAGGCCAUCUCGUCUUUGAAUGAGGCUGUCGCGAUCAUGCCUGACGAUGACGAUGCCAAGGCUUCCGCUCUAACCAACCUCGGAACCUCGCUCAUCUCUCGAUAUGAGUACGUUGGUGCUAUCUCAGAUGUCGACGAAGCCAUAUCUCGUCAGCGACAGGCUAUAUCACUCACGCCAAACGGCCACGAAAAGAAACAUGCUCGCAUCACGAACCUCGGAAGCUCUCUGCUUUCUCGAUUCGAACAUCUAGGUGAUCUAUCUGACGCCGAUGAAGCCAUCUCGAUGCAGCAGCAGGCUGUGGAACUCACGGAUCAUAAUGACCCCCCAAGUUUAUAUAGUCUGGGGAAUGCGUUCCUUCGCCGAUUUGACGCCUUGGGAAAGCUUGGCGACAUUGAACAGGCGAUAGUGUUCGGACGACAGGCUGUGGACCUCGCGUCGGACGAUGACCCGGAAAAGAUCAAGUAUCUUGGCGUUUUGGGGACGUCGUAUUGUUGUAUGUUCGAGCAUACUGGAAAUUCCGCAGAUAUCGACGAGUCCAUACGUAUUCAGCAGCAGGCUGUUACACUUGCGGCCGAUGAUGACGCUGAGAAACCUGCUAUCCUAAGCGGACUGGGAUCUUCGUUUUCAUCUCGAUUUAGACGGCUUGGAACACUCUCUGAUAUCGACGAGGCUAUCGAGCUUCAAAAACAUGCUGUUUCUCUCACAUCCGACGAAAUUCCGAAUAAGCCUAUAUUCCUCAGUAACCUCGGUAACUCAUACAUAUGGUGCUUCAGGCGUUCAGCAAAGUUAUCAGAUUUGGAAGAGGCGAUCAGACUUCAUGUGCAGGCUGUAGCGCUUACGCCUGAAGAGCAUGCUGCUAAGCCGUCUCACAUCAAUAAUCUCGGGGAAUGUCACCUCCACCGUUUCGAGCGUUUGGGCAAUACCACAGAUAUCGACGAAGCUAUCACGCUUCACAGACAGGCCAUUACGCUUGCCCCCGAUGGGCGUGCUCAGAAGGGUAGGGGCCUGAGCGCACUUGGAGCGUCGCUUUGUCGUAGAUUCGAGCGAUUCGGAAGUUUCCCCGAUAUAGUGGAGGCUAUAGCGCUGCAGAGACAAGCAUUGGGCAUGAUGCUUCAUGAUCAUCCGCAGAGAGCUACGCGUCUCGAUGAUCUGGGUAUCUCGUACCUUCGCAGGUUCGAGCGUUUAGAUGAACUGCCUGAUAUCGAAGAAUGCAUUACGCUCCAGAAGCAGGCAUCUGAUCUUACGCCAGAGGGAGAUACGCAGAAGCCUGGCAGGCUCAAUAACCUCGGGAACGCGUUCCUUCGGAAGUUUGAACAUACAGGGAAUGUACCGGAUAUCGACGAGGCCAUCAUGUUGUACAGACAAGCUCUUGAGCUUGUACCAGAUAGCCAUUCUGAGAAGGCUACUUAUCUCGGGAACCUUGGGAAGGCGUUACUUGGCAGAUUUGAGCGAUUGAAGACUUUGCUCGAUGUGGACGAGGGCAUCGCACUCCAUAGGCGGGCCGUAGGUUUGACGCCGGAUGAUCAUGCGAAGAAGCCUCUGCGUCUCAACAACCUCGGGAACUCGCUUCUUCGGAGGUACGAACAUACUGGCGAUAUUGACAUUCUUGAAGAGGCUAUAGCGGUACAGCGGCAGUCUCUGGCACUCACUCCAGAUGGCCAUGCGAAUAGAGCCACAUAUUUGAGCAACCUCGGAAACUCGUACGCUUGUCGAUGGAGUAAUAUUCGAGAACCCGAUGAUAUCAAGGCAUCAACUCAGCACUUUAUGGACAGUGCGAGAUCUACGUCUGCCCCUCCAUUUGUUAUGUUCCGCUCUGCGCGGAGAUGGGCUGAAGGCUGGCUGAUACAGCGUGGAACGCCCAGUCUUGAGGCUCACGAGACCAUCAUCAGUCUCGUACCCCGCAUCAUCUGGCUCGGAACAGAUGUUUCUCGUCGUUAUGAAGAUAUAUUGUCUAUUGGCGAUGCGGUGAAUGAGGCAGCGGCAGCAGCUAUCGAGAUGAAGCAGUAUGAUACCGCACUUGAAUGGUUGGAACAGGGACGAUCAGUUGUAUGGGGUCAGAUUCUAAGUCUACGUUCUCCUAUGGACGAGCUGAGGGCAGCGGAGCAGGGAGAUCUGGCAAAUCAGUUGGAACAGGUUUCUCAGCAGCUGGAGAAGGCGGGAACUACCCUGCCGACAACUUCCAGUGUCGCUCUCGAGAGUCCUGCAAGUUCUUCGGAAGAGCAGGCGCAGAAACACCGCAGACUGGCAGAGAGGUACGAGGGGCUAUUGGCGGAGGUUCGCCGCAUCAAGGGAUUCGAAAGGUUUUUGCAACCAAAGCAGCUCUCUGAGCUCAUUGGCGCUACGCGAUCUGGACCAGUCGUCGUCAUCAACGUUCACCGACGCCGCUGCGAUGCCCUCGUUUUACGAAACAGGGAUUUACCGAUUCUUCAUGUGGCACUCCCGACAGACUUCACAUACGAUACGGCCAAGAACCUGCGUCUUGAUUUGAUCAAGUCCCUGGCCAAGGCAGGAAUCCGAGAUCGCGACGAUCGUGCCAGUAAGAAACAUCUCGUGAGCGGCGUAGAAAAGCUCAAGAUGCAGAAGGUCUUAGAGGCUAUAUGGAUCAACGUCGUUAGUCCAGUACUCUCCGCUCUCGGAUACAUGACUACACCGCAGACUGAAGAACUACCCCAUAUCACAUGGUGUGCUACGGGGCCGCUCGCAUUUCUUCCCCUUCACGCUGCGGGUCUUUACAGCACGCACGACCAGCCAAGGGCUUUCAAAUAUGCCGUAUCUUCGUACACGCCGACCUUGGCUACGCUGAACAGACCAUCAAAUGACCACCCCAAGUCCGCUCCGCGUAUCCUUGCGAUAUCGCAACCCAGUACGCCUGGACAAAGUCGCCUACCUGGGACAGUGUCCGAGGUCCAGGCUGUCAAGAAUUGCGUCGGCGCCUUAGACUUCUCGUGGCUCAACAGUGACCAAGCUACGGUCUCUGCGGUACUCGACGAGAUGGAUAGAGGGAAUUGGUGCCACUUUGCCUGUCACGGGGUCCAGCACCCCGAUGACCCGAUCAAGAGCGCCUUCGCCCUGCACGACGGUCCACUGGACUUAAAGACGAUCAUGGCCAAGUCCUUCGAUUCUGCAGAGAUAGCGUUCCUGUCUGCGUGUCAGACCGCGACGGGAGACGAGAAACGCCCAGAGGAGGCGGCUCAUCUCGCCUCUGGGAUGCUCAUGGCUGGAUAUCGCUCCGUGUUUGGGACGAUGUGGUCUAUCGGUGACGCGGACGCGCCUGUGAUUGCGAAGGAGGUGUAUACCUACUUGUUGAAAGACGGUGGGGUCAAUCGUGGUAAGGAGGCGUAUGCUAUGCAUUACGCAGUAGAGAAGCUUAGAGAGAAGGUCGGCGAGGGGGCAUUCGUCAAGUGGGUACCUUUUGUACAUUUCGGUGGUUAG